AUGCUGAUAAAUCUCCAUGGUACCGCCGUAGCACCACCACCCGCAGCUGCAACAGCAGCAGCAGCAGCAGCAACCGCAGCAGCAGCAGCAGCAGCAACGCUGCUGCUGCACAAGCUGAGCUGCUCGGGUGCAGCAGCGCAGCAGCUCUUCUCUAGAUCCACUCUUCUAGAAAAGGUUGCGUUGGGGCCCCACACUUCAUCAUGGUCCGCAGCGAGCAGCAGCACAUGCAGCGCACAACAGCGCGGCGCUCUCCAUACCCCCUUCGGGGCAGCCACGGGGGUGGGCCCCAGGGGGGCCCCCAAGGGGGGCCUCAGGGGGGCCCUCAGGGGGGCCCCCAAGGGGGGCCUCAGGGUGGCCCUCAGGGGGGCCCCCAAGGGGGGCCCCAAGGGGGCCCCCAGGGGGGCCCCCACGACCGUCUGGGAGCAGAAGGUCGCAACUGUUACGGUGCAAACAACACGCAGACUGCAGGUCGCUCAACGGACGGCCGCAGGCAUGGGGGGGCCCCUGGGGGCCCCCAAGGUGUUGAGGAGGGGCCCCAGGGGUCUGGAGGCUUUCAAACGGAUGCACAGAUUACAGCAGCAAGAGAAGCAGCAGCAGGAGAAGCAGCAGCAGCAACAGGGCCUGUCCCUCGCGCUCUAG